GUGCGUGGCAGCCUCAGUCCCCUCCUCCCUCCCUGGGAAGGGCUGAGAUGGAGAAGCCCGCCUGACACACACUCACACCCCUCUGGCCGCUUCCUCUUCCUCUCUCCCGCCCUUGAGCGCGUUGUCCCGCCGCCUGUUCCAUUCGCGCUUUGCGGGGGGAUUCGGUUCUUCGCUCUGCCAGGAGACCCUUGAGACUGCUUUGUGAGCAUGUCUUCGGCCAAACAAAGGAGCAACAAAGGCGGGAGCCCCGCCGCCACCCCGCCGGCGGAGAAAGGCGCCCACGAUGACGUGGCAAAGAAGCCCCAGCACCAGGGUCACCCCAAAGGGAGCAAAGGGGCCGGAGCCUCCUCCUCCUCUUCCUCCUUCUGCAGCUUCGGGAGAGUCCUCACCACCCUCCUGUCCCUGCUUUUCUUAGCCGGGGCGUCGCUCUCGGGCUUCUACCUCCAUCACCUCUUGGGAGAAGUCCAGCAGGUCGGCCUCCGCCAAGAAGGCUUCGCUCGGCAGCGGGAGGACCUGGCCCGAGACCUCCAGGCCGCCCUGCACAAGGUGAAUUCCCUCCAGGACUCAUUUGGAGGAUUUGAAGUGAUGCUGAAAAAUGCUCAGCAAAAGCAAGAAAUCACUGAAAGGGCUGUUCGGCAAGGGGAGAGUGAGAUCAACCGCAUUGGUGAGGUUCUUCAGAAACUACAAAAUGAAAUCCUAAAAGACCUGUCGGAUGGGAUCCACGUUGUCAAAGAUGCUAGAGAACGAGAUUUCACAUCACUGGAAAACACUGUGGAGGAAAGGUUAACUGAGCUAACCAAGUCUAUAAAUGACAAUAUUGCUGAAUUCACAGAUGUCCAGAAACGAAGCCAAGAUGAAAUCAAUGAAGUCAAAAAAAAUCUGGCUUCACUUGGUGAAAUAGAAGCAUGCAAACAUGAUUAUCAGGUUUUGAAAGGGAUUGUUGAUGAGAUGCAAACAUCCAUGAGAGAUAAAGAAAAGACCAUAGAAUCGCUGCAAAGUACCAUAGAUCUGAUGGAAUCUGAUGUCUUGUCUGAAGUCAAAGAACUCAUCAACCUCAAACAAGAACAUGAAAAGUUCAAAGAGGCCGCAGACACUGAGCAUCUUUCAUUACAAGCUUUGGAAGAGAAAGUUCUUAAGGCUGAAGACUCAAUUGCACAUCUUCCUGAUGAGAUUAAGAGACUCAGUGAAGACUUGCUGCGCACUAAGCGAUCUACUACUUUAGAGGAAGACCCUGUGCUGACCAAAGAUGAUUUAGAAAGUCUGCAGGAGAGCAAUAACAAGUUUGAAUCAAGGCUUGGAUCCAUAGAAGAGAGCCUUCAGGCUGUGAUGUCCCAAUCUGCACCACGCAUGGAGGAGAUGGAGAGAGAUGACAGCAAGAUAGCUGCCUUAGAGGAGGGUCUCAGCUCUCUUCGUCAGACUUUAGAAGAUGAUGUUCGUUUUUUGACGGAUACAGUAAGGAGUCUUGGUGAAGCAAAGCUGUCAAUGUACAAUGAUGUGGGUGAACUAAGGAAAAGUGUGAGCAACUUAUCAAACAAUGCUGAUGCACUUGAUAACAUCCAGAAACAAGUUCGUGCUUUGCUGGAUCAAGAACAAUCUCAGGGUCAUCUAGGAGAGCUCUCCUCUGUCAAAGGCUCCAUCGAUGAACUGCGCUCUUCUCUUGGCCAGACUGAACUUGACAUGAAAAUGCUCCGGACUGUCGUUGACAAUUUAGUUGCCUACCCUGUAAAAAUUGAAACCAUUCAUAAUAUGGUGCUAUCAGUGAAAAGUUCAUUAGAUGACAUAAGGAAUGACCUAGACAGAUUGUUUCUGAAAGUAGAAAAGAUACAUGAAAAGAUUUAAAAAUCCUAUACAAAGCAUUUUUAACCACAGAACUGCAAAAAACAAAAUGAAACACAAAAAGUAGCUUUCCUAGGCCAAAGAGUUUUUGUUAUUGGGGAAAUAUUGGUGGACUUGAAAUAAAUGUCUGUGAUGCCUAUAGAAAAAUCAAAACACAUUCCAGAUAGGGACCCAUUUUUAUUUUUAUUGCAUCAUGCCCUGCAACAAAUCAUUCUGUUUUGCUGCCUUAAGCCAUAAGGCUUAGAGGAGAGAAAAGAACAAAAGGCAAUGGUUGCUUUGAUUUUUUAGACAGACAUGUGUGUUCUGUCAUGUGUAAGGCUGCAUCAUAUCUUUGAAUCAGAGGAGGCAGAGCAAUUGCUUUGCAAUAUAGAAAUCAAAUUGCUUCUCAUAGGUUUCUCUCUGUACAUUAUGUUACACAUGUUCACAAGGAAGUUCUUACAUGGAGAAGUACAUUCAAGAUAUUCAAGAUCUGUAGCCCAUUUCCACUACAGAAAAAUAGUGCUGUUAUCCAUCCUAUGAACUCGUGGGGUUGGUAGUUUAGGGGGUGCCAUUUAGAUUCUCAGCCAGAGAACUCCAGUGCCUCAUAAAACUACAAAACCCAGGUUUCCAUGGGGUAAUGCUAUACAGUAGUGGUCAAAUGGAAUAGUAAUACUUUAAUCGUGUAGUGUGAAUGGGCCAUUGUUUUCUCAAGAUCUGUGACAAGCCUGCAUUCGAAAGUCUUCAUAAUUAGUAUUGCUUUUACAUAGCAAAACCAAAUCAUGUUCUCUUUAUUUUCCUUUUUUUAACCCAAAGUCUGGAAAACGUUCCCUGGUCUGUCAGCUGUGCAUGCUCUCUGCUGAACUAAAGAGGUUUUCUGAACAAAGUUAUUUUAAACCUCUCUCUGGUACUUUGGCAAGGUGAGACAGGCAUUGCUCCAUGAUCCAUGUUAAGUGCCUGAUUAUCUGGUGCUAAGACUGAAGAAAUAGAAAUGGAUCUCAGACUGAUUAAAAGCAACCAAACCCUCAAAACGUUAGAUCUGGGCAAUUGUUGUAAGUGUGAGGAGUAUUAAUAAUAAUGUUCAUUUUAAAGAACCACUGUACUAUUCAAUUGCCUGGAUUCUUGUUUAUCUUCCUUAGAAAAUAUUUUUCUUCUGAUAUUUUAUUUUUUUUACUUAAGCAUUUAGAAAGGGGCUUAAUCACAGAAGGCAAACUUGGCAAAAAUGAUCUUACUCAUAAAGUCUUCCUCAAAAUGUUACACUUAUCUGAAAUGCUUGGGACCCAAAUUGUUUUGGAUUUCAUUUUUGGGAGGAGGGGGAUUUUGAAAUGCCUGCAUUUGCAUAUACAUAUAUAAUGGGAUACCUUGGAGGUGGGACCCAAGUCUAACACAAAAUUCAUUUAUGUUUUUUAUACACCUUAGAUACAUAGUCUAAAGAUAAUUUAUACACAACAUUUUAAUAAAUUUGUGCAUGAAAAAAAGUUUGUGUACAGUAAGCCAUUAGAAACCAAAGGUUCUCUGUCUCGGCCCAUCCACGUGUACAAUUUUUGCUUUUGUUUUUCUGGAUCAAUCUGUACAGUAUUUUUACUUUUGGAAAGAAUCCAGCAGCAGAAGUGACAGAGACAGUCCUCCAGUAGAAAGUAACAAGGAUGUCUGACUGCUUUUGAUGCUACUCAGAAACCAGUAUCUGGAGACCUGAAAUCUUAAAAAUCAAGAACAUACUGUGCUGGAAUAAUCUGUUACUCUUCUGAACUGCUCCCCACUGACUGUCCUUUUGUGAUUCUUGUAUGACUAGUUUUGACUGUGAAAUUUACUUAUUUCCUAGUAUCUGUAAUGUUUAAUAAACUUGGAAUAGAAAUUAA